AAUUACGUUUUUUGAGUCGUUAAAAAAUCAAUCCUUUUAAGUUAUAUGUGGUGAGGAGUGUAAGAUUUUUCCAAACGUGGAAUGAAACGAUAGAGACCAUUAAAAUUUUGUGUAAACUAUUUUUAAAGAUUUUCUCUUUUUUUUUUUUUUUUUUUUGAAAGUUUAAAUUGAUUUAUUUUUAAAAUUAUGAGAAUUACAAUUGAUAAAAUGAUCAAAUAGUUUGUUUUUAAAAUGGUAAUUUUGCUAAUCUUUUUCUAACAAGAAAACGAGAUAUUAUCUCCAUUGCUUCGAUGAUGUUUAAUUAUUCAUUUAUUCCCAACGUCACAUUCCAUAUUCCAUGUGUGGAGUUCACCUCUCCAUUUGGUGGCUGAGCUGGCAAAGUUAUUGCCACGUGGAAAUUAACAAACCGGUUACAAAUACGCGCCGUCGUCUUCCUUUUCUCAACAAAAUUUGUCCAUCUCUGACGCAGACCCAAAAUUCUUGAAGCUUUCCUUUCAAUGGCGACAGGAGAAAAGCAAGUUAUGGUUGUCGGAAUUGACGACAGUGCGCACAGCCUCUACGCUCUCGAGUGGACGUUAGACCAUCUCCUCGUUCCAAUCUCUCCGGUUAACUCCCCAUUCAAGCUCAUCGUUGUUCACGCCAAACCUUCCGCUUCCUCCGCCAUCAGUCUCGCCGGACCUGGAGCCGCUGAGGUUUUGCCCUAUGUGGAUUCCGAUUUGAAGAAGAUUGCUGCGCGAGUUAUCGAAAAAGCGAAGGAGAUUUGCCUCGCUAGAUCGGUGCAUGAUGUUGUGUUGGAGGUGAUAGAAGGAGAUGCCAGGAACGUACUUUGUGAGGCCGUAGAAAAGCACCACGCUUCUGUGCUGGUUGUUGGGAGCCAUGGCUAUGGAGCUAUAAAGAGGGCUGUUUUAGGGAGUGUUAGUGAUUAUUGUGCUCAUCAUGCUCACUGCACCGUGAUGAUUGUAAAGAAGCCCAAAACCAAGCACUAGAUCUCAUUUGCAUUUUGGUCCUUUUGUCGAGAGUGAUAACUAAAGGGAUCCCAAAUGAUAUAGUAAUUUGGAGAAUCCUACAGAUUUGUAUAAUCAUCAAAUAAAAUUAAAACAGUGAAGGGGUGUUGUAUUUGAUACGAAUUGUGAAUCCCAAAGCUCUGUAAUAAUAAAGCUUCCUUUAUUUGUGUGA